AUGCGCACUCGACAGUCUCUCGCUCUGGCUAGGUAUGCUAGUACGAACACCAUGGAAAAGUUUCGAGUGCUUGUCAUCGGAGGAGGCUCCGGUGGGUUGACUGUCGCCAACCAGAUAUAUAACCGGUUCAAGGCUGCUGGAAGGCCUCUGAACCCAGGAGAUGUGGUGGUUCUCGACGCAGCAAACUAUCACUACUACCAAGUAAGCAGAACCAAUAAUUCGCUCAUGACUUUGGUCGGUGCUGGUCUUCGUCCCAAAACAGACUUCAAACGACCACUCGCCUCCCUGUUCCCGCCACAUAUUAUGCAUAUCGCAGAGAAUGUCAAAUCAUUCUAUCCGGAGACCUCGUCAGUCACGACAACGUCGGGUCGGACAAUUUCAUAUGAUUCGCUUGUAGUGGCGGCCGCAUCGCUGGCUUGCCGCAGGCUCUCGCCUGAUCCUUCCUCGGGUGUCUCAUCAAUCUACUCAUAUGAUACCUGCGACAAAGUUUGGCAUGAUGUAGACGCUCUCAGGUCUGGAAAUGCCAUUUUCACCCAACCUGCAGGUAUCAUCAAAUGCCCAGGAGCUCCACAGAAAAUCAUGUGGAUGGCCUGGGACAACUAUCACAAAUCUGGUCGAGGGAAUAACAUCAACAUCGAGUUCAUGAAUGGCAUGCCAACCAUGUUUAGCGUCAAGAAGUAUUCGGAUGCCCUGAACGCCCUUCGCAUCGAGCGUGGUAUCGGAGCCGAGUUCCAGCAUAACUUGGUUUCCAUUGAUGCGGCAAACAAAAAAGCAACUUUCAAGAAGGCUGACGGUUCAACCGUCGAUCGUGAUUUCACCCUCCUUCAUGUCACGCCACCGAUGGGACCGCUUGAUUUCAUCAAAGGAACGUCCAUUGCUGAUCCCACGGGCUGGGUAGAAGUCGAUCAGGCCACUCUCAGACAUGUCAAGCCUGAGUUUGGAAAUAUAUUUGCCUUGGGUGACUGCUCUUCCCUGCCCACUAGCAAGACUGCUGCGGCUAUUACAUCUCAGGCCCCUGUCUUAACUGAAAACUUAUUUUCGGUGAUGGAUACCGGGAAAGUUAGCAGCGCCAAGUACGAUGGCUACACCAGUUGCCCGCUCUUCACGGGGUACGGGGAAUUGAUGCUAGCUGAAUUCAAGUAUGGAUUCGAGCCUAAGGAGAGUUUUGCCAAUUAUCUGGGUGACCAGACAAAGCGGAAAAGAUUGUUCUAUCACUUCGGAAAGGAUCUUUUCCCUUGGGCUUACUGGAACCGUAUGCUUCACGGAAAAUGGUUCGGCCCCUCCGGACCAUUCCGUCCCAAGUUUGUAUGAUGAGGAGUUAU